UUGGAUGAGCCCACGGCUGAUGCGCACAUCACGUCUACCAAUCAACGCGACGCGUUACGACUGCGCGCUGCACUCUCAGCCACUGAGAGCAGUCAAUGAAUAUUUAUGGCGAGGCUGCUCACUCUCCAGCGCUCAAAGUUAGUGGAUUAGCAGUGGGAGGAUGACUGCGUGAUACAACAUCAGCACCUCGUUUGGAUUAAGAUCCAGCGUUUGCGCCGAUUGCCACUUGAAAUCAACGGUGUGAAGGACAGCGGUAUCAAAACUGCACUCCAGAAGCGGUAUCGAGUGCAGACGUGCCCUGCACAUCACUUCAGAGACUUUGCUAUGUCUUUGCCCCUUUUCUUCUAAGAUGCCAAGACUUCCAUCAGCAUCAACACCCUCAGUCUACAACCGAGAGGGCUGCUCGUUUGGAAGAACGCCCGACCGCAGCCGUUCUCAUCUGCAAGUUCAAUCCGAUCAAUUGUGACAAAGGCUGUCAGCGUCGGAAUAAGAAAUCGAUACUCGAGACGUUCUUCUGGAAUUUUAACGAUCCGUUUUCCUCAAGCGAAGCGCGCGUGGAGAGCGCGGGAUCCUCCUCGCACUUUCAGAUGUUCGCGGUGUUUAUGGUGACAGAUUAUUGUUGUUGAGUGUCCAUGCGAGACUUGGGGUGGAAACAUGUCUGGCCACUUCUCUGAGAGGGUCGCUGCUAUCAGAGAUGGCAUUUUGGUCCAGCACUUCGGUUUUUACUUCUAAAGUGCCCCGUAAGAUCUUAUUCAUGUUCACCUUGUCCCUUUCUGUCACCUAUCUGUUCUAUAGCUUGAUGAGCUGUUACAACUCCUUCCAGUUCCAGGAGAACUACGUUUAUCAGGGGAGGCUCGUGACAGAGGAGACAACUUUAGUUACGCUGAGGGAGAAACUUUACUCGACCUCUUCGCAGGUCUACCUCGACGAGGAGUUCGUCGAGAGGACGGCCACAGAGCAAACCAUCGCCGUCUCGAGCGUUAGAAAUAGCGUGGAGAUCGACGAGAGGACGGCGGGAUGGGUGCGAGCUCAGGCGGCUACGACACGCUCCGCCGCCGCCGCCGCUGCUGGAGAGCCCCCGGAAUUCAGCACCACGGACAGCGAGCUUCGGAGAGCGGUGAACUGCACCUCGGAUUACGGGGUUAAAAAAUUGCCCCAAGCCAUUAUAAUCGGAGUGAAGAAAGGGGGGACAAGGGCUCUACUGGAAGCUUUGCGGGUUCAUCCAGACGUGCGAGCCGUUGGGAAUGAGCCGCACUUCUUUGACAGGAACUACGAGAAGGGGCUGGAUUGGUACAGGGAGCUGAUGCCGUCUACUCUGGAGGGACAGAUCACGAUGGAGAAGACACCCAGCUACUUUGUGACAAACAGCGCCGCGAAGCGAAUCCACUCGAUGGCUAGAGACAUUAAGCUAAUCAUAGUUGUCCGCAAUCCAGUGACCAGAGCCAUUUCGGACUAUACUCAGACGCUCUCCAAGAGGCCCGAGAUUCCCACUUUUGAAGUGCUGGCCUUCAAGAACCGAACGCUGGGCCUGAUCGACGCGUCGUGGAGCGCCCUGCGAAUAGGGAUCUACGCGCUUCACCUGGAGAGCUGGAUGCAGUAUUUCCCGCUCUCGCAGAUGCACUUUGUCAGCGGAGAGCGGCUUAUCGUUGAUCCGGCCGGCGAGAUGGCAAAGGUGCAGGAUUUCCUGGGACUCAAGCGUAUUGUUACUGACAAACAUUUCUAUUUUAAUAAAACCAAGGGAUUCCCUUGCUUGAAGAAGCCAGAGGACAGCAGUACCCCACGGUGCCUUGGCAAGUCCAAGGGCAGAACUCACCCCAAAAUAGACCCCGAUGUCAUUCGCAGACUGCACAAAUUCUACAAGCCCUUUAACAUGAUGUUCUACCAAAUGACAGGGCAAAACUUUCAGUGGGAACUGGAGGAGGACGGCAACUCGCCUGGCUCUCGAGACUAAACCGCUGCUGCUCUCCACACCACCAGCCUUCUCACAGCCCAACGUCCCUCAGUGUUCCCUCUAUCUGUGCUUCAACACGCCAAUCAAUCAUUGCUGUCUUUGCGAGUGUGUGUACCCAUAGCGAGAGUGCUAAUCUGCUCUGUCAACCCCCAAUACCAAUGGUGUUUAUGAUGGCAAACAUGGUUAUUGUAUAUAUUAUCCCGAACAUAAAUAUAUUUAUAUUUGUCAAGAGAAGAGGAUUUUAUUCAUUUUCUUCAGAAAGAGUUGCUAUAUGAAUCAUGUCUUCUAUGAUGAUGCAUGCGAUGAGUUAAGUGUCCUUACCCACCGUCACCCUGAGGGUUUUCUUUUUAAUCUCUCUCUUUUUCUCGCACACCAGCAGUGAGUGCAGUACAAUUGAGUCUGAUAACUGAGGUUAUUUGUGGAUUCGGAAAACUAUAAACAACUACAAUCAAAUGCAGAUCUUAUUGAUACAGUACAGUUUUGUUUUGUGGCUAAUAAAAUUUCAGAUAGUUUUUUGCAUUUUUCAAAUUAUAUUAUGUAUUUAAUAUUAUAGUAUGCAAUAUAUGAUCAGAACGACAGUUGUACUGCAUAUAUUUAACAUGUUUCAAAUCUUAAAACAUUACAGGCAUCAGGUUUCUGGACCUUACCUCUUUAACAAAUUAGCUUAAAGAAAUGCACUACAUGCAGUACUUUUUUUUAAUUCUUCAGUUUGAUUAAAUGUUCACUUACACUACUAUUCAAAAGUUUGGGGUCGGUAAGAGUUUAUAAUGUUUUUCGAAAAAGAGGCUGCAUUAUUUAUAACGCCAGUAAUAUUGUGAAAUGUUAUUACAAUUUAAAAUAACUGUUAUAUUUGUGUAUAUUUUAAAAAUGUAAUUUAUUCCUGCAAAGGCAACGCUGAAUUUUCAUGUGUCACGUAAUACUUCAGUAAUAAUUCUAACAUGCUGAUUUGACGCUAAAAAACAAAAAAAAACAAAAAAAAACAUUCAUUAUUAUUAGAAAUGUUGAAAGUUGAGAUGCUUAUUAUAUUUGUACAAACAAUUCAUUUUUUUUCAGGAUUCUUUGAUCAAUUUAAAGCAUUUAUUUGAAAUAUAAAUCUUCUGUGAUAUUAUGAAAGUUUUUACUAUUGCUUUUGAUCAAUUUAAUGCAUAUUGUCGAACAAAAUAGUAUUAGUAUAAAAAGCAUUAAUUUCUAAAAAAAAAAAGAUUCUUACUGCCCCUUACUUUUGAAUGGUUGUGUACUGUAUAUGGUAAUAAAACAGGCUUUUAGACAUCUGAUUUGUACAAUUAAUAUGGUAAUCAUUCAUUACCAUGGGACACAGUACAGUAUCAAGGGUAUUUACAGAACGUAUAACUUCACAGUACCAAUAUUUCAGAAUUUUUUUCAUUGUGUGAGUGUGGAUUCAAGGAAUGUCAGGUCUAAAUGAUGUGUGAUGUAGUAACUGUAUGUGAGUGAUUUAGCAGUAUCUAGUAUUUUUUUUAUAUAAUUUCUGACACUGUGCAACAUUGUGUGUCAUUAAUCACAACCUCAAGAGUGAUGCCGUCUAUGUGAGUUAUUCACAAUCAUCACAGCCACUAAAACUGUCACUAUCACACUCACGGCUUAUUUCAGAAAAAUCCAAAGUGUUGCACAUAUGCUUCUUUCCUGGGUUUAAUCCUCCACAUUUAAAAAAAAAAACAAAAAAAAAAACAGUCACUGGCAUAGUUA